AUGUACCCACCUGCGGCACCGCCGUCUUACCCCCCAGGUCCAUCUAUUCCAGAUCAGCAAAACGUUGAUAUUUCUGGCAUUCCAGCUUCAUAUGAUACAGAACGUGGAGAACGCAGAAAAACCCAAGGAUACAAUUCGCAUAAUGGACGCACAUCGAGCUGGGACAUUUUAUCUGGAGUAAGAAAGAUUGAACAAUCCUACGAGGAGUUCGAUUCCCGUAACGCUAGUCAAGCGCACCUCAUAUACGCUGACGGUGAUACCCCGAAGAACAAGCUCUCACGACUUUAUAAUUUUUUACUCAAUGUGUCUAUCGUGACGCGAUGGAUAUUGUUCAUUGUCCCCGUCCUCGGCAUUAUCUGGAUUCCCGGCAUCCUCUCGAUCACUACAUUUCCCCAUGCAAAGGUAUGGGGUGUUAAACUAAUCUGGUGGAGUAUCUGGUUGAGUGUCGUUUGGGGAGGAUGGUGGGCCGCACUUGCGACCUCCCGUGUCAUACCAACCAUCAUAAGAUCUACCCUAGGUAUCGUAGCUGUUGGAACGAGACGCUACAUCGAUUGGCUGCAAGCCUUACAUAGGUAUAUAGCGCUGUUUGCGUGGACGCUCGCGGCAUGGGUUUCAUGGAAUCCCCUCAUCAGCAUUCAUCAAGACAAUGCUGCUGGAGAUAAGAGCACUCAGGCCGUCACCUUGAUAGGCAAACUUCUGUUUUCACUCUUCCUCUGUGCCGCAGUUCUUUUGUUCGAGAAAUUUGCUAUUCAGUGGAUUGCUGGUAAAUUUCACGAACGUUCAUAUGCUGAACGAAUAGCUGAUCAAAAGUUUGCUGUCAGAGCAUUGGUGACCUUGUACAGGCAUUCCGCCAACAUUCCUGGACGAACUGAUCCAUUACAAUCGUCGGCUCAAAAGGGAAUGUCCGUAAAUCCCGGUCGAAUCUUCAAAAAGUUGAGGCAUGGGGUUCGAAUAGCUGCCACGACCACGACAACCGCUUUGGGAAACGUUGCCUCGGAAAUUGCUGGCAGUUCCGUUCUCCAACCCAAUUCUCCCCCCGCGAUGGUUAAAACUGCUCUAGAAUCUGCCAAUAAAUCUCGUCUACUUGCCCGUCGUCUAUUCUAUUCCUUUGCCAAAUCCAAUAAUGAAUAUCUGUUGGUGGAAGAUAUUGAAAAAUAUUAUUCAAAUAAAGAGGAGGCUGCUCAGGUCUUUGCUCUAUUCGACAAGGAUGGAAAUGGGGAUGCAUCUCUGGAUGAGAUUGAGAUGAGCUGUCUAGAAUUUCAUCGGGAACAACUUUCUAUCGAAAAUUCAAUGAGAGAUCUAGACAGUGCUGUUGGCAGGCUGGACAACAUUUUAAUGACCGUUUACUUUGUGGUCGCGAUACUCAUCAUCGCUGUCGCAUUGGAGACUCAACUCGUUACCCUCGUGACUGGCACAGGAACUUUGAUCCUUGGUUUAAGCUGGCUCAUCGGCGGAAGUCUACAGGAAGUUCUUACCAGUAUCAUUUUCCUCUUCGUCAAACAUCCGUUCGAUGUCGGAGACAAAGUCAUCCUCAACAAAGAAUCGUACACAGUGAAAGAAAUCCGACUCUUAAGCACUAUUUUCCUCGAUUCCAGUUCCAUUCUUGUUCAAGCACCAAACAAUAUGCUGAAUUCGUUGAUGUCCGAAACAUUUACUUUCGAUGUUAGCUAUGCAACAACGUUUGAGGAUCUCGAACGACUUCGAGAAAAAAUGUUGACGUUCCUCGAGUCUGAACGACGUGACUAUCACGCGAUGUUCGAUGUAAACAUCAAAGAUAUCCCAGCUCAGGAAAAGAUGACGCUAUCAGCCGACAUCAAGUACAAGAGUAAUGGCCAGCAAAGCGCUAUCAAAGCAAAACGCAGAAACAAAUGGAUUUCUGCUCUCAAGGCGGCCUUGCUGGAGUUAAAAGUGUUUGGACCCAGUGGGGAUCCAAGUCCGCCACCCACCACGUCUCGCUAUACCAAAGUACCUUGGGACCUCAUCAGUGCUCAAGAUCGAGAGGCCGCAAAAAGCCGACUUCGUCCUCGCCCCGACCAUCAGCAACCCGAUCAAGGUUGGGAUUUGAGGGAUAAGAACAAUUGUAUGUGUCUAUAG